UCGGUGGACCAGGUGGACUGGAAGGGGCGGAGGUAACCAGCAGUGGCCAGUGGUGGCUGCCUGCAGUCCCCCGCCCCCUCCACGCAGAGCUCGCCACACGCUCGCCCGGAGAGGGCCGGAGAGCGGCGGGGCCAGCUGUCUUCCGAGCUCGGGCACCGCUGCCAUCUGCUCCACGAGGCGUCCGCCUGUCCCCCCGCCGCUCUCAGCUCCACGUCGGCCACCAUGGAGGCGCAGGCACAAGGCUUGUUGGAGACAGAACCACUGCAAGGAAGAGAUGAGGACACACUAGCCAGAGCUGACUUCUCUAGCAUGCUCUCUGAGGAGGAGAAGGAAGAGUUAAAGGCAGAAUUAGCUCAGCUAGAAGACGAAAUUACAACAUUACGACAAGUUUUGUCAGCAAAAGAAAGACAUCUGGUUGAGAUCAAACAGAAACUUGGCAUGAACCUGAUGAACGAGUUAAAGCAGAACUUCAGCAGAAGCUGGCAUGAUAUGCAGACCACAACUGCGUACAAGAAAACACAUGAAACACUGAGCCACGCAGGGCAGAAGGCCACAGCAGCUUUCAGUAAUGUGGGAACCGCCAUCAGCAAGAAGUUUGGAGAUAUGAGGUCUCACUCUAUUGGGUACUCCAUUCGCCAUUCCAUAAGUAUGCCUGCCAUGAGGAAUUCUCCUACUUUCAAAUCAUUUGAGGAGAGGGUUGAGACAACUGUCACAAGCCUCAAGACGAAAGUAGGUGGGGCAAACCCCAGUGGUGGCAGUUUUGAGGAGGUCCUGAACUCCACAGCACACGCCAGCUCCCAGAAUGCUUCAGGAGGCCCCCGGCAGACCACGGAUGAGGAGCUGCAAUGCUAGGUCCAGCCAGCCUGGGCUGCUGGCAGCAAAUCUGCUCGCUCGUCUGCUGAUACAAAGACCAAAAUCCCACUGGGAAACCGAGUUUUGAUGUUGUUACUCA